CAGAAUUAUUUCCAUGCUCGAAUGACAUAAGAAAGUAUAAUUUAGUUUUUUUGUGCUAGUUGCCGGCGAAGAUGUCUGUCGCAGUAUUUAUUCUGUCGCGCUCCUUCUCGCGCUAUCAACCGAGAGAGUCGUCCAGCGUGGGCCGCGCUGGACGACUCUCUUGGUUGAUUUCCAAUCUACUAUUUCGUGAGAGUUACGUGUGCGCCGUUUCAGCAGCUGACAGUACCCGCGAGGAUGCGCGUGCAGCCGUAACGCGAGGCAGCAAAGGCAUAGCAGGCUCAGGCUCCGCGCGGCGGAUCGGAGAGGUGCUCGAUUUUCUCCAGACCCACGCGCCCAAGCGAGACGAUUCGCUCUCCGCAGAGUACAAGACAACCAACGCGGCUCUUGCACUUCGGGCGCACGAUGCCGUGGUGAAAAAAUGGGGUCGCCAAUUCUACGAUUUGGUACCACGACGAAGUAGUAAGACGAAGGUGGCCAACAUUUUGACUGCGGCAAGAACUUUUUCUACCGCAACGAUGGUCGCAGCUGGUCGUGCGUCGACAACAGCACGACGCGACGAUCCGGAUCACGCUCUGCCGUUCCUGUUUCUGAACGACGUGGCACCGUAUGCUGUCUUCACUGAGCCCCGCACCCCCUGGCGUGCGUGGUUCUACGAACGGCUGGAACCGUUUCUGCAAAGGGCAGAAACGCCCCGAGAGUUGAUUUCCCAACUCGACCAAGCCGUCUGGUCCCUGCUCUCGCCAACGCAAAAACCGGCGGAAUUCCUCCCGGCGGGGCCAGAUGCCAUCAACAACUACUCCGUCGCGGAUUUUCUCAAUGGCACCUACACGAACGGCGUUGUCGGCAGCAGCUGCACGGGCAUGGCUAUUUUCUUUGUGGCCUGCCUCCGCACCGUGGGCAUCCCGGCGCGCGCUGCGGGCGUUCCACACUGGAACAAGGAUCGCAAGGUUUGCCCGGAGGGAGACCAGAGUCCCGCGUGCGGCAAUCAUAACUGGGUAGAGGUGUGGGACGGAACCUCCUGGCGAUUUCUGAGCCCGGGGCCCGAGGAAAGUCGCCCGCUCCCUCUGGAUAACGGUUGGUUCUUUCCUAGCCCUGUGAGUGCGGAAAUUCCUCUCCACGGGAAUCACUCCGUGUACGCCACCAGCUGGGUAAAUACCACUGCCCCCCUGCUGCUCCCCGGGGCGACAAGGCGCGAACAAGCUCAUGCCCAGACGGACCAGGAGCAGGAUAAAGAUAGGGACGUCGUUGCGACCGUAGCAGGCAGUUACCUCGCAAAUGAGGCGCAGCGGAAGAGCGGGCUAUCUGCUGCACAUUCGGGUCAUGAUUUACCAGUGCCACACUUUCCGAUGGUCUGGGCCUCGCAAGAGGAUGGUCCGUUAGAUCGGAAGGUUGAGGUAUCUGGGUGGGAUGCCACCUGCCGCUACCUGCAACUGAGUAACGCUACGAAUAUUCCUAGCGUCUGCGGCGCACCGCGUGCUGACGCAAGAACGGCGCCGACAUUAAUCACUACCUGACGCUGCCGGCACGGGGCAAUUGCUUGUGCUGGAAACUUUGGUCGACUUGAUGGUCGUGGAACAAUAGAAGUCAAAAUUAUGCUAUCACAGUUUCAUUUUUCGUUUUUCAUCAUAAUCGUUUCUUUCGGAAGGAGAUGCAGGUUGGAAACUAACUUGUUCGCCCGGCAGAGAAAGACGAAAUCUGCGCCUACAGUCUGGCGAAUGGCGAUCGUCAGCGCAGCACCGCUAUUGAUUCCAAACACGGUAAGCAUCUAUGAGAAAUUCUAAGUUACAAAUGCC